UAGAGUUUCACAACUAUUCUGCGAAAAUAUGUUUUAAUACUAGUGUUAGUGAAGCUGUACCUUACUGCCUUUCAACUAUUCAUGAGAUUAAUCAUUCAAUUUGAAGUAAAAAAAAAAGAUAAAGUUACAAAGUGAUUGAUGUUUAUCUCAAAAACUAGUUUGUCAUACGUCAAAAACUUUUAGUGGUGGGGCUUAUAAAAACCAACGCGUUUUGUCCAAAGCUAACAAAAUAGCAAGAGUAAAACAGAGCAAAAAAAAAAUGGCAGCUCAUGGAUCAUCUUGUGGAGCAUGCAAGUUCCUAAGGAGGAAAUGCAACAUUGAUUGCGUCUUCUCGCCUUACUUCAGCUACGAGCAGGCCUCAUCUCACUUUGCAGCGGUCCACAAAGUCUUUGGCGCAAGUAAUGUCUCAAAGCAUUUGCUUAGUUUGCCUCUACAUCAAAGAAGCGCAGCUGCGAUCACUAUCUCCUACGAGGCUCUCUCUCGCAUGUGUGAUCCUGUUUAUGGCUGCGUCGCCCACAUCUUCGCUCUUCAGCAACAGGUCAUGACUUUGCAAGAGGAGAUCGAGUUUCUUGGGACGCAUAUGGCGAAUUUAUCCAACACUACUCAGAGCCGGUCACAACCUAACGACAUGCCCGAGUUUCUGAAUCAGAUGACAAUGGACACUACGACCGGUUUCAUCGACCAGACAGUUUUGCACAACGACGUUGGAAUAAACUGCAUUGAAGGGUUCUUCACAAACCCGGAGGAAGUGCUCGUGAAUCAUCCAUGGUUUCAGAACAUGGAUCACUAUUACUACGCACCACAACAUUAGACGUGAACUAAAAAUGAUCAAUCACAUAUGAGAGAAUGCGCCGUUUUUACAUAUGCCAUGGUUUUUUGCCACGAGCCAUUAUAUUUAGGCCACGUUUUCUAAAUUGUAUGCUAUCUGUUAAGGGUUAAUUAGAUCUUGGAAUCCAAUUACAAUUGGAUUAUAAAAAAAAUAUGCAUUUCGGUGAUGUCACUCCCUAAGUCAAUAGUAUGACGUUAGUGUUUCAUUUGGGUCUAUGUAAAAUGUUUGUUUAGCAUGCAUUCCUCAGUCAAGUUCUAAUUAAUGUGAUAUAUCAAUUAUAAUUAUUGAUUUUUUUUUCACUGCUUCUCGUGUUGUAUUUGUGAUUGGAGUUCAGUCACUAUAAAUAUAUUCAUUGUAUGAUAUUCAUUACAUGGCAUUGUUGCUUAUGCUAUUCCUAAGUUUAACAUCUUGGAGGAGCAGAUGAUUAAAUGCUGAGUAUUCUAUUGGUUACCUGGGCUUGAAAUAUCUAUCUAGGCCCAUAAAUAACAUCAAUGAUGUAUAAUAUUUAAUGACUCAUCUAAAUUCUAACCUUCGGCCCAAACGCCUCUAUAUUCAUAUAUUUCCCCCAAUAAACUCCUCCGUAUGUAUAUUGUUUUUCAUUGGCUAUAUAAUAUACUCUUUUUUUUGCUAAAUAGCUAAUAUUACUCGCAUAGAGCAGGACUGACAUAGAGAACACUUACAUUUAAGUCGUGUUACAAAAAGAAAAAAAAAGAACACUUAAAUUUAGCACAUGUUUGCCUGUAUAUAAUAAUAUGAUAUAUAGUUAAUUAUGAAGGUAAUAAUAAUAUAUUUCGAUGUAAUGUCUUUUCCAAAAACAGUGACACGAGAAAAAAUACAG